AUGAAGUUUGAAGUUUUAUAUUUUUGGGUUUUUGUUAAUUUUGUUAAAUUAACAAGUGGGGAAGAAAGUUUUUGUGUUUUAAAUGGGAAAAAAUCUGUAAAUUAUGUUAGUGAUAAAUUUAUAAGCUUCGUUGUUGACCCAACAGUUUUAUUUACAGAUUUAAAUAUAAGUGAAACAGCCCAUGAAUUAGGAAAGUUUUUGAGUCCUUCUUAUGUAAGAAUAGCAGGAUUUUCAACUAAAUACUUAGAAUUUUCCGAAAACGAAGAAGAUUACCAACCGAAUUUAUCAAACGAAUCAAAUUUGGUUUACACCCCAAAGUCAUCAAAUAUAACUUUCGAAGUUUACAAAGAAAACUUAAAAAAAUUAAAAUCAACUUUAGACGAAUUCUCGUUAAACAAAAACGAUUGGAAAAUCAUUUCGAAUGACCUCAAUUUAUAUUCCGAAUCAAGUUUUGAUAUUCGUAAUAAAAUCGACGAAUUGAAUCAAAUUGUAAGCGCAGUUUUUUGGGAAAAUGGACACAUCCUUCCGGUUAAAUCUGAAAUAGAUAAACUUUUGACGUCUCCAUCGAAAGCUUCAAUUCCAAUUUGGACGAGUUUACCGAAAUCGGAAAACCCAAUAACUUUUUCGUCCACAUUAAAUUUGGCUAAACAAAUAUCAACUGCAGCUAUUUUGGGGUAUGAAGUUGUUUUUAGACCACCAAGACUUUAUGAAUUAAUCAGAGAUACAACGAAUUAUUGGUAUAUUUAUCUCCACAAAAAGUUAAUGGGCCGAAAUGUAUUAGAAAUAAAACCAUCAACCGGUUUCGAACGAUUAGAAAAAUGGGAUCAAAUUUUUAUUUCAGCACAUUGUACAAAAAAUCAAAAUAGUUUUUCAAGAAGAGGUGCAAUAACAAUUUCUAUUAUUAACAAUAAAACCGAAGAACACUUAAUAUCACUAAAAUUACCGUUAAAUGUGGUUAAUUUAAAACACAUCGAGGUGCAAAGUUACAUUUUAACAUCGGAUAAUGAAAAUUCAACAUUCGCUUAUUUAAAUAAUAAACCUUUAUCGAUGGAUCUUCUUCGUCAAAAUCAAGUUUUAAUCCCAAAAAUUCGACGAGCUCGUUUAACAAAGUCUUUAACAUUGACAACUCCACCAAAAUCGAUAGGGUUUUUCGUGCUUCCGGAUGCGAGAAUUCCAAUUUGUAUCAACGAUGAGGAUGAAACCAAUUUAAUAAUGGAAGAAAUCGAAGAAGAAGAAAAUUCUGUAAACCAAUUUGUUCCAAAAACUCAAAUUAAUUCUAGAAAUAAUGAUUUAAAAUCAACCAAAUUAAUCGAUUUGUAUAACCAGUUGAAAAAUGAAUUAGAAAUUGACGAAAAAUUUUAUGGAAAUAAUAUAAAUAAAAAAUUGUUUAUUAAGGAUAAUUUUCAGGAUGUUUCAAGUCGAGAAAUUGAAGAGGUUAUUUUAAAAAUUACGAAGAAAAUGAAGGAAAAUCGCGAGAGAAAUUUUCAUAAAAGGGAUGUGAAUUUUUACGAUGAAUUCGGCGAAGAAGUUAAAGUAAUCGAUAAACAUCAAAAUACGGAUUUAACCGAUCCAAAUAAAAACAUUUUAAAUUCUUUAGUUACUUUAGAUGACCGAAUCGCCAACGAAGAAAAUUUAGAUUUCUUGGACAAUGAAGAUUACACACAAUACGAUGAAGAUAAUUCAAAAAUUCGCAAAAAACGACAACAAAAACAAUUCACCGAAAGUGAUAUAGCACAUUAUAGACAAUUAAUGAACUCAAACAUUCGUCAUAUGAGGGAAAACAUAAUGAAAAAUAAAUUAAAAUUGAAAACGUCGAAGAAAGAACAAACCGAUUUAUCUCAAAGAAUUAAUCGUUUAAAAGAAGCUGUUGAUAUGGUUCAACGAUCUAAUAAUAAAGAUGAUGAUAAUUCUUUAGAAACAACAAAAGGAAUUAAAAAAAUUAAAAAAUUAAAUUUAAAUCCUGUUCGAUUCAAUAAUAUAAAGCUAAAUAAUGACAAAUUAAACAAUAUAAAAUUAGCCCAACAUAAAUUAAAUCAGAACGAAAAUGACUUGAAGAAAAAAGAUGAGAUUGAUGAUGAAACGAAAGAAUUAAUAUCAAAAAUUAAAAAUGAAUUAAGAAAUAGAAAACCAAGGGGAACAAUGGAAAAUUGGCAAGUAGCGCCGUUUAACGAACGGACUAAAUUAUUGCUGAGACUCUCAAAGCAAAUAAACGAUAAAAAUAAUGUUAUUCAAAAUGAAACGAAUACUCAACUAUUGACAAUAAGUAAUGAAAAUUAUGUAAUGUGUAACAGCAAUGUGGGCAACGAUGAGAAUACAAAUCUAGCUAUAAGUAACGUUGAGAUUUGUUUAGCGAUUCCAGAUGCCCCAAUAGUUACCAGUUCUGAAACUGGUACUUCAUCUGUUACUGAACACUAUUCACAAUUUAAUGAUUCGGAUGCAGACCCAAAUUGCAGUUCUACGUCAUCUUCAAGUAGUUCAAGGAGGGCCUGUCUGCAGAUGAAUCCUUGGCAGAACAGCUUGUUUUACCAAAUGAAACAGCAGAAGUCAAUUUAG